GAGAAGAAACGUCUCAAGGCGUAGGAGGCGUUUAUUAUUUCAGCCCAGCUUAUUUUUUGGCCCAGUUUCUUUAUUUUGGCCCGGUUUCUUCUUUUGGCCCAAUUUUUUUCUUUUGGCCCAAUCACAACAGCCCAGUAACUCCCUCUUCUAGUCCUCUGCUGCGCGACUUCACCUUGCGACUGCAGAUGGUUGAACCCUAAAAUUCACAUACGAAUGUUCCGUGAGGUGUUGCGCUGGGAUUUGACUCGGUUCUGUGCUAUUUAUUUGUUCUAUUCUUUGCUGUCGCUUGUUCUACUCUCUGCUGGAGCUAUUCUGUGUUCUCUUUCAUCGGUUAUAGAGGUGUUCCUGUUAGUCGGUUGUUCUAGUCUGCUGGUCGACUCAGGAAAUCGUUCUGCUUUUUCGUCCCUCUUAUCAAAGUACUGUGAGUGGAAUAGUGAUAUCUUGAAGAGUUUUCAUUUUUCUGCUGACCCGGGAAAAAAGAUAGGACGCUGAUGGGGUGGCGACACAACUGAGUUUAACCAGUUUUGUCCUUCUUCUUUUAUAUAGAAUGAAGGUUAGUCUUCAAUUUUAGAAUUUUUGUUAUGAUUAUGGAUAUCAAGAGAGCUUUUUAAUGGAGCAAGAUUUUAAAGAAUAUAUGCUUUUGGUCACAUGGUGUAAUCUAUUGCUCACGACUUGAUUCGAUGCGAUCUCCACAUCCAAUUUUCACUCAUCCGAUCCUUCAAUUACUAGAGAAAUGCAAGACCCUCCAGACACUAAACCAAGUCCAUGCACAAAUGAUCACAACUGGUCUUGCCCUCCACACAUACCCUCUCAGUAGGCUCCUCUUCUUUUCUUCCUCUCUCGCCUUCUCAUACGCGCUCUCCAUUUUCAAUCAAACCGUAAACCCCACAGUCUUCCUCUACAACACGCUCAUUUCCUCAUUUUGUAACAAAAAGCAACACAUCCACAUUGCCUUCUCUCUCUAUAACCGCAUUCUCACCCACACAACCUUUAAACCCAAUAGUCACACUUUUCCAUCACUCUUCAAAGCUUGUGGUUUGCACCCAUGGCUUGAUCAUGGUCGAGCCCUUCAUGCCCAUGUCUUGAAAUUCGUUGAACCCUCUUAUGACCACUUUGUUCAAGCCUCAUUGCUCAAUUAUUAUGCCAAUUAUGGCAAGUUGGAUGUGGCUAGAUAUCUGUUCGAUGAAAUUACCCAACCAGAUUUGGCUGCAUGGAACUCGAUUUUAGCGUCUUAUGCACGCAUUGCCAGUUGUGUUAGUAGUGAAGAUGACAUUGUUAAUUUGUCCUUGGAGGUGUUUCACUUAUUUCAUGAAAUGCAAAAUUCUGAAGUUAGGCCUAAUGAGGUUACUCUUGUUGCUUUAAUUGGUGCUUGUGCUAAUUUGGCUGCUGUUCGUCAAGGUGCAUGGGCACAUGUAUAUGUGCUAAAGAACUACCUUAGGUUAAACCGUUAUGUUGGUACUGCUUUAAUCGAGAUGUACUCCAAAUGUGGGUAUCUGGAAUUGGCAUACCAACUGUUCGAUAAAUUGCCUCAGAAGGACACAUUAUGUUACAAUGCUAUGAUUGGAGGGUUAGCAAUUCAUGGUCAUGGGAAUCGGGCACUUAGCCUUUAUGAGAAAAUGAAGUUGGAGGGGAUACCCCCAGAUGACGUGACAUUUAUUGUCACAAUGUUUGCUUGUUCUCAUGUUGGUUUAGUAGAGGAAGGUUGCAAGAUUUUUGAGUCUAUUGAAGAGGUUUACAAGUUUGAGCUGAAAGUUGAGCAUUAUGGGUGUUUAAUUGACCUUUUGGGCCGUGCAGGACGAGUUAAAGAGGCUGAGAAGAAGGUCAGAAAAAUGCCCAUGAAACCCAAUGCAGUUUUGUGGAGGUCUUUACUAGGGGCAGCAAGGAUUCAUGGACAUUUAGAGGUAGGGAAGAUUGCACUAAAACAUUUGAGUGAAUUAGAGCCUGAAACUAGUGGGAGUUAUGUGCUUUUGUCGAAUAUGUAUGCUAGCAUUGAUAGAUGGGAUGAUGUGAAGAGACUCAGAAAGUUAAUGAAAGAUCAACAGGUUAACAAAAUGCCCGGAAAGAGCUUACUUGACAUUGGUGGAGCCACACAUGAAUUCCAUGCUGGAGACAAGACACACCCAAGUUCACUUGAGAUAUACUUGAAGCUUGAAGAGAUGAAUAAACAACUGCAGAAUUAUGGCUAUAAACCAAGAACCAAUGAAGUGUUGUUUGACAUUGAAGAGGAAGAAAAAGAAGAUGCCCUCUCUUAUCACAGUGAAAGGCUUGCAAUUGCAUAUGCUCUUCUAGUCUGUGAUUCUAGUGCCCCCAUUCGGAUUAUCAAAAAUCUUCGAGUUUGUGGUGAUUGUCAUUCUAGUGCUAAGAUUAUUUCAGUGAUAUAUGGGAGAGAGAUUAUUGUAAGAGAUCGGAAUAGGUUUCAUCAUUUUAAAGAUGGUUCUUGUUCUUGCCUUGAUUAUUGGUAAACAGUUGCAUAGCUGUGAAUGUCUAAUCUUGCCUUACAAAUUUACAAUUUCAUAGAAAAUGUGCAUCUUUUUGUACUAUUUAAUUGUAAUUGAUGUGCUGGUUAUAAUUAAUUGAUCUUCUCUCUUUGGUGUGUACCCAAAGAAAAGAAUCAUAACUCAUUGUAGCAAGAAAACUGAAAUCUUACUUCAUUUUUUUUCC